CGGCCGAGAUGUCACAACGUCAAAAUACAACGAAAUGGUUCUGCUACAUCUUAAUAUUAUCGGCCGGCCCAUUUUGGAUUCCCGCUAGGGGCGUCUCAGUGAAGUCACCGCCUAACAACCCUAGCACAGUUCAGGCACAAGCUAAGUUCUUUCAGGAUUUUUUCUCAGUACAGUUGAGUCCGUACAAGAUAGAGUUCGGUCAUGUUUGCGAGGAUCCUAACACGUGGGAGCAGCGGUAUGAGAAGAAAGACUUUAAGAACCACAGGGAUAUGGGAAAAGUAAGAUGGGGUGAUAAAAAAGGGGGAUAUGGGGAGCAUUAUUGGGAUUUAAACCACGCAGGACACACUGGAAGUCAGGAUAACGACGGAUAUAAUGGUGACCAUGAUGAUCAUAAUUAUCAAGAUAGUUCCAAUGACCCAUAUGAUGAGCCAAGUGAUCAUUCUGCAUUUUAUAGCAAUGACGAUUACGACCCUGAAAAAUCAAGCUAUGAAGAAAAUGGACGAGCUAAGAGAGCACAUUCUAGACAAAAAUCUGAAAACAGAAAACCACAAAAAGAAUACUAUGAGGAAGAACAAGAAAAAACAAGACCAAGAAAACAACAUCGUAAAAAUGCAGAACAGGAUAUAGCUUCUUCUCAUAAAGUGGAAGAAUAUUCUGAGGAAGACGAAGAUGUUGAAGUUCAGAAGAAAACACCAAAAAGACGAACACAAAAUAAACAAACACAACAACAUCAGACUCCAAAAGAAGAGAAGAAUCAAGUCGUUUUGGUUGUAAAAGAAAAUGAUAAUAGUAACAAUCAGGAACAAACAAAUCAAUACAAUGGGAAUACACAACAAGACGUGAAUCAAUAUGUUCCUUAUGAAGGUGGUGCUGGAGUUAGACAACAUCAUCAGGCUGACUUAAAUGCUGCGGCAAUAGCACCAAGAUUGUUCUUAGAACAUGCUACCGGACGUGUCGUGGAUAGAGUAACUGGGCAAGCAUAUAUCUUGCAGCCAAUUCUAAAUAAUUAUCAGUAGAUGUUCGAUUAGUAGACUUAAUUUAAAUA